UGUAGACUAUUGUUGUAAUGCAACACCAUUAGUGGGUGGAGUGGUGUAGGUUGGAGGGAGGCUCAUUUUGAAUCACUCCAGCAAUGGCUAACUCUAGUCAAAACUCGAGUAGAAGUGCUUUGGGGAGUUUAGAAAACACUAGCUAUUCAAGACUUGCAACAGUUGAUUACCAUUGGUACAGCUCUAGUGAUCCUUUGAAAGAGAAACAAAAGAAGACAGAAAAGAGGCGAAAUGAAAUGCUGGAAGCUAUGUACUCCGAAGGAGAGAAGACGUUCAGUGUUACUGAGUGGCUAGCAUUGCAAACUGAGAGAGAUCGUCUAUUGCAAGCAUCCGUAGAACAAGAAAAUGAAGAAAAUAAGCAGGAAUUCGUGAGAGAUUUAAGACAAGUCUUAUAUGACAUACCGUCCUUCUCUGUGUCAAAAGAGGACCAGGCCAUACUUAAUUCUAUAACUGGUUUAAAAUCACAACUAACUAACUAUUCGCAUCUUCAUCACAUUAGCAGUCCACCUCCACUUCCUUUAAAGAGGCAAGCAGCAAGAACACUUGGACAAGAGGAAACCGAUGGUGGCGGGUUCGUAGCUCCUCCCCCUCCUCCUCCUCCCCCUCCUCCUCCUCCCCCACCUCUCUCUCUAUCUCCCCCACCUUCUCCCUCAUGUCGUAAGGAGGUGAAAAUAGCUCCUGCUCCUUUUAGAAGAACCGAUUUCAUAACUGAGCUAAACACGAAUAAAAGACCAGUACUCAAACACGUCAAUAUUCCCAGAACCCCUGGGGGGACCCCAAGACGUCCUAAGCACAGGGUAAACAUUAAUGAGGAGAGUUGCAAUCAUGGGGACAUUAUCCAAAGAGCGUUGUUGAGGAAGUUUCAUAAUGCUCACAUACAUUCAACACCAAGAGGGUACUGUCCAAGCCCAGCUAUAGGAGAAAGUGGUGGGUCGAUGGAGUGCUCCAGUGCUUGGUCUGAUAAAGGUCAUUAUGCAUCAGAUCCUGAUUUGACUAGUGUUGGCAGUGGCCGUGCUCUCACAGACACUCAUUAUACGUAUCAUGAUCCAUCAAUAUCUUCUCCGUUCCUUGUCCUCUCUCCAGCUGUAAUGGCUUCAGCGCAGCAACAGGAGGAAGACGAAGAGGAAGAAGAAUCAGUUGAAGAAUUGGUGGCCAUGCAUAGAUCUAACUGGCAAUACUCUGUCUCUGCUUAAUUGUACUUACUACUUUGAUUAUGUUGCAAAAUUUGCUGCUUUUAAAAAUAAAAUUUGAAAUUUAAAUUAAA